CUCGAACCCUUUGAGAUAUCAACACAAUUAGGGUGUUAUCUAACACAAUUAGAUAUCAACACACAUUUCUUUUUCAUAUUGUUGCCAGAUUAGUGCAGCAAGAAGUAGUUUUUUUAAAAUAGCUUUAUUGAGUUAUAAUUCACAUACUACCCAAUUCACCCAUUUAGAGUGUUACUUUCAAUGGUUUUUAGUAUAUUCACAGAUGUGUGCACUGAUCAACAAAGUCAACAUAAAAAAUGUUCAUCACCUCUUAAAAAUAAACUCUAUACCCUUUAACUAUCAUACUACAUCCCUCUACUCCCCCAUCCCUCCCAACCAAACCAAUUUUGAUCUUUUUUCUUAAUCAGUGAAACCAGGGCUUCCUUGAUGGGCAGUUAAAGCAGGAUAAAGCAAGCUGUAGCUUGAUCCAAGAAAUAAAAAACAGCUAAGCAUAUCGAUUUCUAGUUCGGAGACAGAAGGAAAAGUUCCUUCUGCUUGCAAGCCUUAUCUCCCAGUGUUUGCCCCCAGCAGCAGCAGCCUCAUCUUUACUUUUUAGAAAACGAACAUAAAUUUAGGGUGUUCUGAGUGCCAGUCACUAUAUACAUACAGACACAUCCAUAUCCUGUUGUAUCCAUAUCCAGAUACAUCCAACAUUUCCUGUUGAAAUCUUCCCAAGAACACAGUCAAGCAGGCAUUAGCCCCGUUUAACAAAGGAUGAAACUGAAAACUCAGGAAGUUCAGUGUCUUGUCCAAAUUUACACGGCUGGAAUUAGAACCCAGCUGCCUGAUUCCAAAGCCCGUGAUCUUUCCACUUCCUGGGGCAGUUCUUUGGGAUUGUCCAGCCCUUCUGAACCCUAUCUGUCCCACAUGCACCAUCUGACUCUCCUCACAGCAGAUGCCUGGGGGUUGGCCCGACCCAGGUGACAGCCUGCGCUCCUGACCACGCAGGGAUUUUCUGCUCCUGCAGCAUUCAGUCCAAGUGCCCUCUCCUCCCCCACUGAGUCCACAGCCCUUGUAACAGACCAACGUCACAGCACGGAGCACACUGGCCUGGUAUCCAGGAGGUGCUGAAUUAAAUCGGUUGCCUGUUGUCGCUUGUUGGUUUACCUCUCCCCUGUCUCCUGUACCUGUACUUCGCCCUAAUCUUAUGCAUCUGGAUGUCCUCAGCGCCCAAACUCUGAGCCAGGCACAUAAAACGUGAAGAAACCUACUGAACGAACUAACAGGUCCUGGAUCGAUCCAGGAACUCGCUCGCGAUGGGGUGCCAAAAAGUGGGGCGCUCCCCCACUACACCUCCAGCCGCCAGAGAAAGGACGGCCGGGCGGCUGCGCCGUCUGCAGGUGGCGCUAUGCCCCCGAGCCCUUAGCGCGGUGCUCCGUCCAAGGGCGCGACCACGCAGCCCCGGUCCUUCCGCCCGGGCGGCCGCUCCCCCCGUUCCCACCCCACCCCGCCCGGCUCUGCGCGCGCCGUAAGACCUACCCUGGGCUUGUCUCGGGCUCGCGUCCUGCCCUGCGCAACGGGCCGCUCAGCCGUAGCGGGCGCCAUGGCCCUCCCGCGGGCCCAGGCCCGCGGCUGGGUGAAGGCCGCCAAGCUGGCCCGGAGGCGCCGCCCCGCGGAGAACGCGGGAGGACCCCAGAGUCCUGCGCCCGGGAGCCAGCGCGCCGCGCUUUACGUCCACUGGCCCUACUGCGAGAAGCGCUGUAGUUACUGCAACUUCAACAAGUACAUCCCCCGUGGCGUAGACGAGGCUGCUCUGAGGCGCUGUCUGGUGACCGAGGCACAGACGCUGCUGCGACUCAGCGGAGUGCGACGAGUGGAGUCUGUGUUCUUCGGUGGGGGUACCCCUAGUCUGGCCAGCCCCCAGACUGUGGCAGCUGUCCUGGAGGCAGUGGCCCAGGCAGCUCACCUGCCUGCAGACUCUGAAGUCACACUGGAGGCCAACCCCACUUCGGCCUCAGGCUCCAGGCUGGCAGCAUUUGGGGCAGCAGGAGUCAACAGGUUGUCCAUUGGCCUCCAGUCUCUAGAUGACAAGGAGCUCCAGCUGCUGGGGAGGACACACUCGGCCAGUGAUGCUCUGCAGACCCUGGCGGAGGCCCAGCGCCUCUUCCCAGGGCGUGUUUCUGUGGACCUAAUGCUGGGGCUGCCGGCACAGCGGGUGGGGCCAUGGCUCAGGCGGCUGCAGGACCUCCUGCGCUGCUGUGAUGACCACGUGUCCCUCUACCAGCUGUCCCUGGAGCGGGGCACCGCACUCUUCACCCAGGUGCAGCAGGGUGCCCUUCCUGCCCCAGACCCCGAACUAGCCGCUGAGAUGUACCAGGAGGGACGGGCAGUCCUGCGGGAGGCUGGCUUUCGCCAGUAUGAGGUCUCCAACUUUGCCCGGAAUGGGGCGCUUAGUACCCACAAUUGGACUUACUGGCAGUGUGGUCAGUACCUUGGCGUUGGGCCUGGGGCCCACGGGCGAUUUAUACCCCAGGGGGCCGGGGGCCACACCCGAGAGGCUCGGAUCCAGACCCUAGAGCCCGACAACUGGAUGAAGGAGGUGAUGCUGUUUGGUCACGGCACCCGGAGGCGCAUCCCCCUGAGUGAGCUGGAGCUGCUGGAGGAAGUUUUGGCCAUGGGGCUACGCACAGACGUGGGCAUCACUCACCAGCACUGGCAGCAGUUUGAGCCCCAGCUGACCCUGUGGGACCUGUUUGGAGCCAGCAAAGAGGUGAAGGGGCUACAGGAGCAGGGCCUGUUGCUGCUGGAUCACAGGUGUGUUGUGGGGCAGUGGUUAGGGGUCCCAGGGAAUCCUGACUACACAUCUACAGACCAGAGAGAGGUGAGAAAGAUUGACAAGGAAGGGCCUCUGGUGCCAGAGCCUUGGCAUUGGCAGAGGGUGAGGACUGAGACUAGUAAGAGGGGGCAGUCCCAGCCAGGCCUCUUGUUGUUCCAGGGGUCUUCGGUGUUCCUGGGAGGGGCUGGCUGUGCUGGACUCUCUGUUGCUGUCCCUUCUAUCUCGGCUCCAAGAGGCCUGGCAGCAGAAAACCCCCUCUUCCGUGCCCAGAGGAUAGCCACCAGAGGAGAGCCACAUGUUCUGUAGCCAGGACUCUGCAGGCUUGAAGCUGCCACCUCUGCCUUGGUGCUUGGUCUCAAUUUCUGUUUUUUCCCUCCUGGAGAACCCACAUGUCCCAUCUUCAAGAGACCAUCCACUUCCUGGAAAGGAACUGCAUUCUGCAAAGAAAGGACUUGAAGUAAUAGGAUUGCUGUAAACUGAAUGUUUAUGUUCCUCCCAGAAUCCAUAUGUGGAAACUUCAUCCCUAGAGGCAUGGUUUUCAGGGGCGGUGCUUUGGGAGGUAAUUAGGUCAUGAGGAUAGAGCCCUCAUGAAAGGGAUUAAUGUGCUUAUGAGAGAGAGCUCCCUGGCCUCUUCCACCAUGUGAUGGCAUGGAGGGAAGACAGAUGGCUAUGUACCAGGAAUCGAGCCCUCACCAAAUCUCCUGGCACCUUGAUCUUGGACUUCCCAGCCUUCAGAACUGUGAGAAAUAAACGUUUGUUGUUUAAGCCA